GCACAAUUUCUCUCACACACCACAAAUUGAACCCUUUUUGCUUUUUGAUUGCUUUCUUUCUUUCUCUUCGUUGGUUUUUUCAUUUUAUUAUAUAUAUUCAAACAGCUCUUGUCACAUACAUUUUAGUUAGCCUUGUACAGCCUAUUACAGCCAUGUUCAAGUCCUUUGCUCGCCAGUCCACCCUCAAGCAGGUCGCAUCGCGCCUGUCUGUCCGCUCGAUUGGCACCGUUGUUGCGGAUGCCGUCGGCCCCAAGUGCUACGGUGGAACUUACACGGUCACCCUCAUUCCUGGUGACGGUAUCGGACAGGAGACGGCCUCCGCAGUGAAGUCCGUGUUCAACGCGGCCAAGGUGCCGGUUGAGUUUGAGCAGUUUGAUCUGUCUGGCUUCACGCCCGAGAACGACAAACUUAUGCAGGAGGCGUUGGCCAGUCUGCACCGCAACAAGGUUGGCCUGAAGGGCAUUCUGUACACGCCCAUCCGCAAGGGCCACAGCUCGUUCAACGUGGCUAUGCGCAAGGAGCUCGACAUCUACGCGUCGGUCGCGCACUGCAAGAACGUUGAAGGCAUUAAGGCCCGCCACAACAACGUCGACUUUGUGAUCAUCCGCGAGAACACCGAGGGUGAGUACUCUGGUCUUGAGCACCAGUCGUUCCCCGGCGUUGUCGAAUCGCUUAAGAUUAUCACCCGGCCCAAGACCGAGCGCAUUGCCCGGUACGCGUUCGACUAUGCGCUGCGCCACAACCGCAAGAAGGUGACCAUCGUCCACAAGGCCAACAUCAUGAAGCUGGCUGACGGUCUGUUCCUCAACACCUGCCGUGCCGUCGCCAAGGAGUACCCGACCAUUGAGUAUAACGACAUGAUUGUCGACAACACUGCCAUGCAGCUGGUCAGCAGGCCCCAGCAGUUUGACGUCAUGGUUAUGCCCAACCUGUACGGCAGCAUCGUCAGCAACAUCGGCGCCGGGCUCGUCGGCGGUCCCGGCAUUGUGGCUGGCGCCAACUACGGUCGUGAGUACGCCAUCUUCGAGCCUGGAUCUCGCCACGUUGCCAAGGACAUCCAGGGCCGCAACACCGCUAACCCCUCAGCUUUGAUCCUGUCGUCUGUCAUGAUGCUGCGCCACCUGCAGCUCAACAACCACGCCAACCAGAUCGAGAAGGCCGUCAGCAAGACCCUGAGCAUUGACGGUAUCAGCACCCCCGAUCUCGGCGGCUCGCACUCGACCACUGAGUUCACCAAGGCCGUCAUCAACAACCUGUAAGCAAACCAGCCGAGCUAGCUCUUUCCUUGUCCUUUAUUUUAUAUACCACAAUCAGAUACAUCCAAAACAAAGCUCAUGGAUGUCUUGUAAGAAAUACGGCGCGCGUUCCAGCAACAGAGCCACUCAAUGCUGAAGAAAAGAAUGAGGCUAUAAGUAUCCUGUAAAUACAUCCUUCCCCCAGAUUGACUAGCAACCUGAAAGGUGUGUGGAAACUAGUGGCAAUAGACCACUAUGGUUGAAGGCAUUAUCCAGUUCGCUGCUU